AUGGAAAACACAGCCGCAGUUUUGCUGUCGCCACCGGCCACACCACCAUUACAGGAUACAAGCCAGCAACAGCAGCAGCAACAGCAGGACGAUUUACAAAAGACAAACAAUGCCAUCCGUCAGGCACUGAAGCGGAAGCUCGAACAUGCAGCUGAGAACUCCCCAUCUCCAUCAUCCGGCAGCAGCGGCAGUUUCGUCACACCGAACCAUUCUGACGCGUCAGAGGAUGAGUCGGAUCUGCCACCCCGCAAGCGUCAGUACGUGCGUAAUCCGGACCAGCUGGAAUCGCAUGCCGCUCUGCAGAAACAGCUGCAUCAACUUCACCAACAGCAGCAGCAGCAGCAUCAUCAGCAACAACAACAACAGUUACUAAACGGAUCUGGUGCACCAACACCACCACCAUCGGAAUUUUCCGGCUCAGAGGACGAAACUACCAAGUCGGGUACGGAUGAGGAGCGCUGCUACUUCCAGAGCGGAUGCUCCACAACCGAAGCACCCCAACGGGAAAGUGUUAUCAUGCGCAUCAACAAGGACGGUUCGUGCACGAAGUCGGCGGCCACAUCGGAAGAAGCCGGAGCAAACGGAGCAGAAGGCACGACGGGUGGACUUAACAUAUUCCGUAGCUACAAGUUUAAGAUGGGUCCUCGGAUGUCUCCACCGCCACCAGCAGCUACAUCAGCUCCAUCGUGCGCGACAGUUUGCUCUUCGCCCGUUCCGGAACGAUCGUGCAAAGAUAGUGCGCAAGAUCUGAGACAAAGCUCAGCAGCUGCCAGUAAGACAUCCGGUGCAGUAUUUAGCUCCAGCACCAACGCCGGCGGUGCUGGCAAGCGUAAGAAGAAGGACUCUACCCCGUCGUUCCUCAGCCAACCGAUCCUACCGAAGGUGUUGCCCACAGCAUCCAACCCAUCCCUUCCUGUGAUAGCGCCCAAGAUCACCACCCCAGCAACGGCGGCCCAAUUCAUCCUGGCCACCCAGAACGGUUACAUCAUAGUCCCGCAGCAAAUGUCGCACAAUCUGCUCGUUGCUACCGCGCCGACAACGGUCAGCGAACCGCGCCCAUCUAAAUCUCAACCCACCACCACCGCCGUACCGACGACCGUUAAGGAUGACAGCAAGGGUGAAGCGGCGGAACAGCGCAACCAGUCGGUCACCACCAGUCCCAAGCCCGAAAGGCGCCGCAUCUACGAGUGUGACCAUCCCAACUGUGGAAAGAAUUACUUCAAAUCGAGCCAUCUGAAGGCGCACCAGCGCAUUCACACCGGUGAGCGUCCAUUCAACUGCAAGUGGCCCGACUGUGGUCGUCGAUUUUCGCGCUCGGAUGAACUGUCCCGCCACAAGCGUACGCACACCGGCGAGAAGAAGUUCGUUUGCCACGUGUGCGAACGACGGUUCAUGCGCAGCGACCAUCUGUCCAAGCACGUCAAACGUCACAACAAGGAUACGAGCAGGACUUCGGCAUCAGCAUCCGCUACGUCGACCGGUCGGCGAACGGUGACCAGUACGCCCGCAUCCACCGGUACGUCACCCGCCAUUCUCCCGGCCGAAGUCAGCAUGGCCAGAUCGGCGGCAGCAGCAUUGUACCAUCAUCAUCAUCAUCAUCAUCAUCAGCUAGCGGCCGUAUAUCAACCGGCGCACCCGUUUGCCUCCGUGCAGCAAGCCUCGGUAUACUAA